UUGUAUUCGAGAUUUUUCUUUUUAGAACUUUAACAGCCAUUUUGUGCUCACGAACAUUGCGUCGUGAAGUUGCUUUCAGAAAGACGAUCAUUUACAAAGAUUACACACACAAUGGCAGAAGGAACAAAUGAUGAUCUGGCUACAGCCAUCCUCAAAAAGAAAGAUCGGCCCAACAGAUUAUUGGUGGAAGAGGCCAUUAAUGAAGAUAAUUCUGUGGUGUCUCUGUCUCAGGGCAAAAUGGAUGAGCUGCAGUUAUUUCGUGGAGACACAGUUCUUUUGAAGGGGAAAAGACGGAAAGACACUGUAUGUAUAGUGUUAUCUGAUGACACAGUCAGCGAUGACAAAAUCCGAAUCAACAGGUGUGUCCGGAACAACUUGAGAGUACGCUUGGGGGACAUAGUCAGUAUCCAGGCCUGUCCCGAUGUGAAGUAUGGAAAGAGAAUCCAUGUUCUGCCUAUCGAUGAUACAGUGGAAGGACUCACAGGAAAUUUGUUUGAAGUGUACUUGAAACCCUACUUCCUAGAGGCCUACAGACCAAUCAGAAAAGGGGACAUAUUCUUGGUGCGGGGAGGUAUGAGAGGGGUAGAGUUCAAAGUCAUAGAGACGGACCCAAAUCCUUAUUGUAUCGUAGCACCAGACACUGUCAUUCAUUGUGAAGGAGAACCAGUCAAGCGUGAGGAAGAAGAGGAAGCUCUGAAUGAGGUUGGAUAUGAUGAUAUUGGUGGUUGUCGUAAACAGCUGGCUCAAAUCAAAGAAAUGGUGGAACUUCCCCUCAGGCACCCACAGCUCUUCAAAGCCAUUGGAGUCAAGCCACCACGAGGUAUAUUGUUGUAUGGACCGCCAGGUACAGGAAAAACUCUGAUUGCUCGAGCUGUAGCCAAUGAAACAGGAGCUUUUUUCUUCCUCAUAAACGGUCCUGAGAUUAUGAGUAAGUUGGCUGGGGAAUCUGAGAGUAAUUUGAGGAAGGCCUUUGAAGAAGCAGAGAAGAAUUCUCCUGCUAUCAUCUUCAUUGAUGAAUUGGAUGCCAUUGCACCCAAGCGUGAAAAGACACAUGGAGAAGUGGAGAGAAGGAUUGUAUCACAGCUGUUGACGCUGAUGGACGGCCUGAAACAGAGGGCACAUGUCAUCGUCAUGGCAGCCACAAACAGACCCAACAGUGUGGACGGAGCUCUCAGGCGUUUUGGUCGAUUUGACAGAGAAGUUGACAUUGGAAUUCCUGAUGCCACAGGACGUUUGGAAAUUUUGAGAAUUCAUACAAAGAACAUGAAGCUUGCAGAUGAUGUAGAUCUAGAACAGGUUGCACAGGAAACCCAUGGCCAUGUAGGAGCUGAUUUAGCUGCCCUGUGCUCAGAGGCUGCCCUGCAACAAAUCCGUGAGAAGAUGGACCUGAUUGAUCUUGAAGAUGAACACAUUGAUGCUGAGGUUUUAGACUCUCUAGCUGUCACAAUGGAGGACUUCAGGUGGGCCUUGAGCAAGAGUAACCCCAGUGCUUUACGGGAGACCUGUGUGGAGGUACCAUCUGUGACCUGGGAAGACAUCGGGGGACUGGAAAACGUCAAGAAAGAACUGCAGGAGCUGGUCCAGUACCCAGUGGAACAUCCAGAAAAAUUUCUGAAGUUUGGGAUGACUCCCUCAAAAGGUGUCCUGUUCUAUGGUCCUCCUGGAUGUGGUAAAACACUAUUGGCUAAAGCUAUAGCUAACGAAUGCCAAGCCAACUUCAUCUCGAUCAAAGGGCCAGAGUUGCUGACCAUGUGGUUUGGAGAGUCUGAGGCCAAUGUAAGGGACAUCUUUGACAAGGCACGGUCUGCUGCUCCAUGUGUGUUGUUUUUUGAUGAACUGGAUUCCAUAGCCAAAGCCAGAGGUGGAAAUGCCGGUGAUGGAGGUGGAGCUGCUGACAGAGUCAUCAACCAGCUGCUGACAGAAAUGGACGGCAUGACGGCCAAGAAAAAUGUCUUCAUCAUAGGAGCAACAAACAGACCAGAUAUCAUUGACCCUGCCAUCCUGAGACCUGGUCGUCUAGAUCAACUGAUCUACAUUCCUCUCCCUGAUGAUAAAUCCAGAAUAUCAAUCCUUAAAGCUAAUCUCAGAAAGUCACCAGUAGCCAAGGAUGUAGAUGUGGAUUACUUGGCCAAAGUGACACAUGGCUUCAGUGGAGCUGAUCUCACAGAAAUUUGUCAGAGAGCUUGUAAGCUGGCCAUCCGACAGUCAAUAGAGGCGGAGAUCAGAAUGGAGCGAGAGCGAGACAGAGAUCCUAAUGCUGACAUGGAGGUGGAAGACUUCGACCCAGUUCCAGAAAUAACCAGGGCACAUUUUGAGGAAUCGAUGAAGUUUGCCCGUCGUUCUGUCAGUGACAAUGACAUCAGGAAAUAUGAAAUGUUCGCUCAAACACUACAGCAGAGUCGAGGAUUUGGUGGAAACUUCAGGUUCCCUGGACAACAAAGUGGCAGUAAUCCUCCAAACCAGAGUCAGGGUGGUGGGAACUUUGAUGAUGGCGACGAUGAUUUAUACAGUUAAAUGUGAUCUCUCGGAUUGAGAUAAUUUGUGAAGUUAAAAUGUGAUCCCUCACUGUCAUAGAGGAAAACAGACUUUUACAGUGAAAGUAAUAUUUAUAAUAUCGCGUUUUCAUUUUUGUUUCAUUUCUCAUUUCGGAGGCACGCAAACAUGUUUUUCACGGGGACAAGUUUUCCCUGGCCAGUCAUCGACAUCACUUUAGUGCUAAUGUUUACAUGAGAAAAAACUUUCUACAGGCACGAUCAGCCAGAUAUACAUGUAUGUACAUGUGCAUUGUGUAUUAAAUUAGAAACCAUUA